CUCUCAUUCUCUCCCUCCCUCCCUCCUUCCCUCCCUCCCAACCUCCCUUCCUCUCUGAAGCUCCUGCUCUCUCCCUCUCCCUCCUUUCCCGAGCUCCCUCCCUCCCUUCCUCCCUCCUCUCUCUCUCGCUCCCUCUCCCGCUAUAGAGGGCUCCAACAGCAGUUCCCAGCCAGUGUGUUCAGCCUGCCUGCCUGCCUGCCUCUGUGUGUGUGUGUGUGUGAGCGUGUGCGUGCGUCUACUUUGUACUGUGAGGAACACAGCCCAUGUGCUCUGCAUGGACGUUACUGAUACUCUGUUUAGCUUGAUUUUCGACAAGCAGGCAAGAUGUCCAGCACACCACAUGACCCCUUCUAUUCUUCUCCUUUCGGCCCAUUUUAUAGGAGACAUACACCAUACAUGGUACAGCCAGAGUACCGAAUCUAUGAGAUGAACAAGAGACUGCAGUCUCGCACAGAGGAUAGCGACAACCUCUGGUGGGACGCGUUUGCCACCGAGUUUUUUGAAGACGACGCCACAUUAACCCUUUCAUUUUGUUUGGAAGAUGGACCAAAGCGAUACACUAUUGGCAGGACCCUUAUCCCUCGUUACUUUAGCACUGUGUUUGAAGGAGGGGUGACCGACCUGUAUUACAUCCUCAAACACUCGAAAGAGUCAUACCACAACUCAUCCAUCACAGUGGACUGCGACCAGUGUGCUAUGGUCACCCAGCAUGGGAAGCCCAUGUUUACCAAGGUGUGUACAGAAGGCAGACUGAUCUUGGAGUUCACCUUUGAUGAUCUCAUGAGAAUAAAAACAUGGCACUUUACCAUUAGACAAUACAGAGAGUUAGUCCCAAGGAGCAUUCUAGCCAUGCAUGCACAAGAUCCUCAGGUCCUGGAUCAGCUGUCCAAAAACAUCACUAGGAUGGGACUAACAAAUUUCACCCUCAACUACCUCAGGUUGUGUGUAAUUCUGGAGCCAAUGCAGGAACUGAUGUCGAGACAUAAAACUUACAACCUCAGUCCACGAGACUGCCUAAAGACCUGCUUGUUUCAGAAGUGGCAGCGGAUGGUGGCGCCCCCAGCAGAACCCACAAGGCAGCCGACAACCAAACGGAGAAAAAGGAAAAACUCCACCAGCAGCACUUCCAACAGCAGUGCCGGCAACAACGCCAACAGUACAGGCAGCAAGAAGAAGACACCAGCCGCCAACCUGAGUCUGUCCAGUCAGGUACCUGAUGUGAUGGUGGUAGGAGAGCCAACUCUGAUGGGAGGUGAGUUUGGGGACGAGGACGAAAGGCUAAUCACUAGAUUAGAAAACACGCAAUAUGACGCGGCCAACGGCGUGGACGACGAGGAAGACUUCAACAGCCCCCCCGCCCUGGGGAACAGCAGCCCGUGGAGCAGUAAACCCCCCGCCGCUCAAGAGACCAAAUCAGAAAACGCCCCGCCCCAGGCUCCCCAGUGAGACUGACCCGCACCUGCACCCACUGUCAGUAGCCGUGGGGUACACCCACGCUUGCAGAUCCUUGCUUACAGGAGAGGAAGGAGGAGAAAUUAAAAAAAAAAAAAUUAAAAAUUUAAAAAAAAAAAAAAAAAAAACUUUUCCACGCAAAUGCUAUUUCUAAACCACAAUGAUCUGGGUUUGAGUUUCUUUCUUUUUUUCUUUUUUGAAUUGAGAGGAUUAUUCCAAUAAACUUCCAUGACCCUUCCCUGGAGGCCUUCGCAGGUAACGCAGAUACUGGCACUGAUAGUAAUGAAAACCAGAGUGAAUGCUCCCGCUUCUCCUGGCUCAGUGUUAAACCACAUGUUUGUUAAUUAUGCCCCCUCCCCCAAGCCGGUCCCAACCCAACGAAGGCCAUAUUGUCAAUACGCCCUCAGUGCUCAGGGUCUCAUUAUAUGCCGACCCUAACUACAGAUGACUUUUUAAUAUUGUAAAAUAUUUUCUGCUUUUUGACUUGCAUCUGAGAGUUUCUUGUUUCAGUAAAAAAAGAAAAGAAAAAAAAUCAGCUUUUGGACAGUAAUUUGUGUAUCCUUAUUAUUUGUAUUAUUUUCUUCACCUUUUCUUUCAUUGGGUAACAGCUAAGAGGGCCUAGCAGCGUAAUUUAUGGCUGAGCUAAUGUCAAUUUGUUCUCCAACCCGAGUUCGUUUAAUCGAGUCCAAGUACUGAAACAAGAAAUGUCUUUUUGUCAUCGAAGACACAGAGAUGGAUUUUUAUGUAAAGAAAGACACGUACCUGGCCCAUUGAGAACUGAUACAUUUGUAAAAUUGCUGUUGAUCCAAAUCUUUUCAAGCCAUGUAAUCCAUUAAUUUUGUGGGCAGUUUAAUGAAUCUGAAACUUUUGUGUUUUUUAUUGUAUCUGAGUUGACUGUUGAUUCUUUUCAUAGUAUAUUUCUUGUAUAAUAUUUUGUAAAGCCCUCCCUUGGUUCUUUUACGGGGAUUUUUCUUUUGGGGCAAUUCCAGUGUAUUUAUGUGAAACUUUAUAAGAGAACUAAUUUUUCCAUUUGCAUAUUAAUAUGUUCUUCCACACAUGUAAAGACACAGUGGCUCCGUGUGUUAUAAAACAGCUGUAUUUUAUGUAUGCUUUACUGAUAAGUGUGCCAAUAAUAAACUGUGUUAACAACCAA